CGAUCCGUCUGUCGUCCAGAAAAAAAAAAGCAACGCUUGAGAGCGACGCUUUCAGCUCAUGUACAGGUGGCUGAAAAAUGGAAAGUGACACCACUGUCAGGAGAAUAAAACCCUUCGGGUCACAGAAUUAUGUAGCGCAAGAUAACAACGGUUCCCGGGACCGGUGGGAGGAUAACGGCUACAGCAGUGACCCGAAGAGGAAGCCCGAAGUGAGCAUAUAUUUGCUGCGGGAAGGGCUUGCAGCUUCUCUGGUCUCUGUGUUUAUUUUGGUGCUGUGGGGACUUGUUCAUUUGUCAUUACAGCAGCUCGUCAUUGGGAACACAACCGGCGAGUUCAACGCAGGGAGAGCCAGGCGGCACUUGGAGCAGAUCACCAGCGUCGGCCCUCGGCCAGUGGGCAGCCAGGAGAAUGAAGUCCUGACAGUGGGCUACUUAUUGGAGCAGAUUGAGAACAUCCGGGUUGAGACCGCAGCGGGCCCCCAUCAGCUCACGGUAGAUGUGCAGCAUCCUACUGGCACUUUCUCUAUUGACUUUCUUGGAGGCUUUACUAGCUUCUAUGACCGUGUCACCAACAUUGUUGUCAGGCUGGAGCCUAAGAGCGGCGCGCAACAUCUCAUGCUAGCCAACUGCCACUUUGACACAGUGGCCAACAGUCCAGGUGCCAGUGAUGAUGCAGUGAGCUGUGCAGUGAUGCUGGAAGUCCUCCAUUCUCUGGCCAAUCAGUCUACUCCUCUCCGUCAUGGAGUUGUCUUCCUUUUUAAUGGGGCAGAGGAAAAUAUCCUUCAGGCCAGUCACGGUUUCAUUACUCAGCAUCCGUGGGCCAAGCAGGUGCGAGCCUUCAUUAACUUGGAGGCUGCAGGUGUUGGGGGCAAGGAGGUUGUUUUCCAGACAGGUCCAGAGAAUCCGUGGCUGGUCCAGGCCUACGUUCACGCAGCCAAACACCCCUUUGCCUCUGUGGUCGGCCAAGAGGUCUUUCAGAGUGGCAUCAUCCCCUCUGACACUGAUUUCCGCAUCUACAGGGACUUUGGUAACAUCCCAGGCAUUGAUCUGGCUUUCAUUGAAAAUGGUUUUAUCUAUCACACCAAGUAUGACACUGCUGACAGGAUCCUGACAGACUCGAUACAGAGAGCAGGCGACAACAUCCUGGCGGUCCUGAGAUACCUGGUAAUGUCAGACAAGUUGGCCGAUUCCUCAGAGUAUCGUCACGGCAACAUGGUAUUUUUUGACCUGCUGGGGGUAGUCGUGGUGGCUUACCCAUCCCGUGUUGGCACCAUCCUCAACUACAUUGUAGCCACAGCCACCUUCCUCUAUCUGGCCAAGAAAGCCUCACGGCCAGGCAAUGGGGGUGGCCAAUAUGUUCGAGAUCUGGCCUGUGCUACGGGUGUAGCAGUCCUGAGUUGGUUCGUCACUCUGCUGUCAGUGCUGAUUGUUGCUCUGCUUGUCACUCUGCUGGGCCGCUCCAUGUUUUGGUACAACCACUUCUAUGCCUCCAUCUGCCUCUACGGGGCUGCUGCCACGGGCAAGAUGAUCCUCAUUCACACACUGGCCAAGAACUUGUACUACGGAGGUGUUCGUUUGGUGGAGCUGGGUGAUCUCUACUUUGACGUGAGCUUGUUGCUGUGGUGCUGUGGCCUGGUGUGGCUGACCCACCAGGGCCUGUGUUCAGCCUACGUGCCCAUGCUAAUGGUGGCCUUCCCCCUGGCCACCAGACUGUUGCUGGCGAAAGAAUUUAAACACAGAGGAGCAUCAGUGAAGUACAGUGUGCUCUAUAUGUUGGGCCUGACUUUGCCUUACGUCCACUUCAUGUUCCUUAUCUGGGUGGUGUUUGAGAUUUUCACACCCAUCAUGGGUCGCAGCGGCACUGAGAUACCCCCUGAGGUGGUGAUGGCAUCUCUGGUCACCCUGGCAACCAUCUUCCUCUCUUCCUUUUUUCUGCACUUCAUCUACUUGGCACGAAGCACUAAGUGGAUCCUGGCUGGUCUGGGUUCAGUAUUCAUCAUCACGUUCCUGUUGAUGUCCUGUGGGCUCCUCUUUCCUUUUUCAGGCAGUCCAGACAGCCCGCGGCCAAAACGAGUCUUCCUGCAGCACACGACGCGGACCUUCCACAAUCUCCAGGGCGAAGUGGAGAGCCAAGACUCAGGUCUGUGGAUGAACAGUUUCGACUACACAGGCAUACAGCACAUCACACCCCACAUCCCUGAGAUCAACGACAGCAUUCGCACUAGCUGCCGUGAGGACCGGCCUUUUUGUGGUUACCCCUGGUUCCUGCCGUUGAAGUUCCUCAGCAAAAAGAACUGGUACAUUCCUGCUCCGGAAGUGUCUCCCAGCUCACCGGUGGAGUUCAGCCUGCUGUCCAGAGAGGAGACCAGCUGGGGGACGGUCAAGAUGGUCUUCAGUGUGAAAGGCCCCAGCCACAUGUCCCUGUAUCUGAUGCCGCACCGAGGAGCCAGCCUGUCCACCUGGUCCUUCGGUGACGGGACGCCUCAGUUCGACCUGAGCGGAGAAUAUUUUGUCUUUUAUUCCCACGGCCUUGACGCCCCCACAUGGAUCUUCUGGUUCGAAGUACAGCCUCCCAGGGACCCGGACCCAGCUGGCCCUGAGGGGAUGAUCUCUGUUGCCAUCUCCACUCACUAUUUCUUCGGGCCAGACAGUAGGACUGCUCAACUGGAGGACAUCCUACGCAGGCUUCCCACAUGGGCUUUUCCUUCGUCUUGGGUCAGUACCUACGACAUGUACCGAUACUGAGGAUGCCACACAUCACAGAGGCCGAUGCUGACCAAGCUGAGGGCUGAGAGCUGCUGGGGCCCCCGAGAAAAUAUUUCAAGGAACAAUACUGAGGACCGGCCCCGAUGCCUUUUAUCUCUGACACAAACACACACUCUAGCACACACUCACGCUCCCUCCCAGCCUGCCUGCCUGAGAGACCUCCAUCACUGUGUCAGUAGGUCUAGUAGCUGACCGAGCAGGAGGACGCGCUGAGACACACCAGAGGUAAGCUGAUCAGACAGCUUACAAACUGACUAACUCAACGGCCGACACACUGGCCACCGCUAGCCUUGUGCUCACUCCUGGGUUGGUGAAACAAAGUUUUUUUUUUUUUUUUGUGGUACUUAAUCUGUCGUGCCUUUGCUUUACUAAAUCCAUUUCACUGCCCUCCUCACUUUCCCUCUUGUUCACUUCCUCCCUUUCUUCAUCUCUCAUGCUUCCUGAAUGAAUAACGGUGCAUGGGUACUUCCCCUG